AUGGCCAAGAACAAAAAAGGAGAGCUUGAUGACCUCAAGCAGGAGGUGAAGAUGGACGAGCAUCAGAUCCCCAUCGACCAGUUGGUGUCUCGUCUUGGUACUGAUCUCGAGAAUGUAAGAUGGUUUACAGUGUAUAUUGUCGUAAUUUUUUUAUAAAAUUGUAUAUUGUUAAAAGAUGUAAAAUAACUAACAUCUUCAGGGUCUCACCACUGCCAAAGCAGAGGAAGUCCUUGCCCGUGAUGGUCUCAAUGCCUUGUCGCCACCAAAGACAACUCCAGAAUGGAUCAAGUUCUGUAAAAACUUGUUCGGAGGUUUCGCUAUGCUUUUGUGGAUCGGUGCCAUCUUGUGUUACAUCGCCUUCACCGUGGAUUACUUCAGUAUGGAGCAUCCCGCGUACGAUAACUUGUAUUUGGGUAUUGUACUGAUGAGUGUCGUAAUCAUCACCGGUUGUUUCCAGUACUAUCAAGAGAGCAAAUCUUCUAAAAUUAUGGAAUCCUUCAAGUCUAUGGUACCAACAGUAAGUUUACUCUUCAACUAAUAUACUAAUCGUAACACAACCUAGAUUUGCAAUUUUAAAAUUUAAAAAAAAUGUGUUUUAGUUCGCUUUGGUGUACCGCAACGGAGAAAAAGUCCAAGUAGCAACUGAGAAGUUGGUGGUCGGUGAUGUCGUUGAAGUUCGCGGUGGUGACCGUGUCCCUGCCGAUAUCCGUGUCGUCCACGCUAUGGGCUUCAAGGUCGACAACGCUUCGUUGACUGGUGAAUCCGAACCUCAAUCCCGAUCUCCCGAAUGCACUAACGAGAACCCUCUCGAGACUAAGAACAUUGCCUUCUUUUCCACCAACGCUGUUGAAGGAACCGCCAAGGGUGUGGUUAUCUACACUGGUGACCGUACCGUUAUGGGUCGUAUUGCUCACUUGGCUGCCGAUUUGGACUCUGGAAUGACUCCAAUUGCUCGUGAAAUUGAACAUUUCAUUCACUUGAUUACUGGAGUAGCUGUGUUCUUGGGUGUUACCUUCUUCAUCAUCGCUUUUGCUUUGGGAUACCACUGGCUGACUGCUGUCGUGUUUUUGAUCGGUAUCAUUGUCGCCAACGUACCAGAAGGUAAUUUUUUCACCUUUUUAAACAACCGCAUUAUUUGAACACUAAAUUGAACAGUUUUUUUUUGUUUCUUUGCCUUCUUCAAACAGCAUUAUACAAAAAAUUGUAUCUGGGAUAUUUUAGGUCUUAUUGCCACUGUGACUGUAUGUUUGACCCUUACCGCCAAGCGUAUGGCCUCAAAGAACUGUUUGGUCAAGAACUUGGAAGCCGUCGAAACUUUGGGCUCUACCUCUACCAUUUGCUCUGAUAAGACUGGUACUCUUACUCAAAACCGCAUGACUGUCGCCCACACCUGGUUCGACCAAACCAUCGCCAACUGUGACACCACCGAGAACUACGUCGGAGGAGAAGAGAAGCAACGUGGAGAAACCGAGAAGGCCCUUCUUAGAAUCGCCGCUCUCUGUAACCGUGCUGAAUUCAAGUCUGGCCAAACUGACGUCCCAAUCCUUCGUCGUGACUGUACGGGCGACGCUUCUGAGAUCGCCUUGUUGAAGUUCUCUGAACUCCAAAUUGGAAACAUCAUGCAAUACAGACAGAAGAACCCCAAGAUUGCUGAAAUUCCAUUCAACUCCACCAACAAGUUCCAAGUCUCCAUCCACGAGGCUGAUGAUGGACACCCAGGAUACCUUUUGGUCAUGAAGGGAGCUCCAGAGAGAAUCCUGGACCGUUGCUCGACCAUCUUGUUGAAGGGCGAAGAGAAACCUCUUGACCAACAUCUACGUCACCACUUCAACGACGCCUACCUCGACUUGGGAGGUCUUGGAGAACGUGUACUCGGAUUCUGCGACUUCAGAUUGGACACCGAGAAGUUCCCCAAGGGCUUUAAGUUUGAUGUUGAAGACGUCAACUUCCCCAUCACUGGACUGAGGUUCGUCGGUCUUAUGUCUAUGAUUGAUCCUCCUCGUGCCGCCGUACCAGACGCUGUUGCCAAGUGCCGUUCUGCCGGUAUCAAGGUCGUCAUGGUCACUGGUGAUCACCCAAUUACCGCCAAAGCCAUUGCCAAGUCCGUCGGUAUCAUCACCGAAGGAGCUGAGACCAUCGAAGACAUUGCGAUGCGUAAGGGAAUCCCGGUCGAAGAAGUCAACCCAACUGAAGCAAGAGCCGCCGUUUUGCACGGAUCCGAUCUGCGUGAGAUGACUUCUGACCAAUUGGACGAGUUCAUCAGCCAUCACAACGAAAUCGUCUUUGCCCGUACUUCUCCACAACAGAAGUUGAUGAUCGUUGAAGGUUUCCAACGCCAAGGCCAAAUUGUCGCUGUAACUGGUGAUGGUGUCAACGAUUCUCCAGCUUUGAAGAAGGGUGAGUUACAAAAAUUUACAUUAAUAAAGCCAUGCUUUUUGCGACACCUAUACUUUUAAAAAUAAUGCUAGCUUUAAAUAAAUUGCGUAAAUUUCAGCUGACAUUGGUGUUGCUAUGGGUAUCACUGGAUCUGAUGUCUCCAAACAAGCCGCCGACAUGAUUUUGCUUGAUGACAACUUCGCCUCUAUCGUCGUUGGUGUGGAAGAAGGUCGGUUGAUCUUCGACAACUUGAAGAAGUCAAUCGCUUACACCCUGACCUCCAACAUUCCUGAGAUCUCGCCCUUCUUGACCUACAUUCUCUUCGGUAUCCCUCUUCCUCUCGGAACCAUCACCAUCUUGUGUAUUGACUUGGGAACUGACAUGGUACCAGCCAUCUCUCUCGCCUACGAAGAAGCCGAAUCCGACAUCAUGAAGCGUCGUCCUCGUGACCCAGCUCACGACAAACUUGUCAACGAACGUCUGAUCUCGCUUGCUUACGGUCAAAUUGGUAUGAUCCAGGCUUCUGCCGGAUUCUUCACCUACUUCUGGAUCAUGGCCGACAACGGUUUCAUGCCUUCUAGACUGUACCAACUCCGUUCCGAAUGGGAUUCCAUGGCCGUUAACAAUGUUCAAGACAGUUAUGGACAAGAAUGGGUAAGAGUUUCACUUUAAAAUUACCUAAAAUAUAUCUAUAAUGUAUGUAGUAGAGGACACUAUCCUUUAAUUAAUUUACACAGUUUUAUGACCAACCUUUUAGGCUUACAAAGACCGUAAGAUCCUUGAGUACACUUGCCAGACCGCUUAUUUCGUCGCCAUCGUCAUUGUCCAAUGGGCCGACCUGAUCGUUUCCAAGACUCGUCGUAAUUCUCUCGUCCAACAAGGCAUGUCCAACUGGACCAUGAACUUCGGUCUUGUCUUCGAAACCGCUUUGGCCGCCUUCUUGUGCUACUGCCCUGGAUUGGACCGUGGUCUUCGUAUGUAUGGUCUUCGCUUCAGCUGGUGGUUCCCAGCUCUUCCAUUCUCCAUCGUCAUCUUCAUCUACGAUGAAGUCCGCCGUUACUUGAUUCGCCGCUAUCCAGGUGGAUGGGUCGAACGCGAGACUUACUACUAA